GUGCAGAUAGCUAGUGUUUUGAAAGCAAUUAUCUUAUAAUUUCUAACUCUAGCCAAAAAUGUCUCUUGUUGCGUAUGGAGCUAGUGACGACAGCGAAGCUAGUGACACAGACGACGGAGCCACGGGUUUAAAUGAGAACCUUGCUCCACAAUCUAAAUCAGAAGACGUGGGUAACAACAACAACAACGCUGUCGCUGACAAGCCUCAAGCCGUAGAAACAGCAAGUGCUGUGGAUUUGUCAACCCAGUCGAAUGUGUCCUCCCAAGAACCGCUGAAUGGUGCAAUAUCAGACGAGGAAGAAACUUCAAACUUUCUUAAAGCAUUGCCAGCUCCUAAAGCACAGCAUGCCAUAAGCUCUGUGCUGGAUGUGACUGAAGAUGAUGAACUGGAAGACAUUGUCAAGCCCAAACCAUCACAGUUAGCUGAUGUUGUAAAGCCUGUCAAAAAACAGGCAAAAGGGAGACAACCUGUGAAAAUCAGCAUACCUGCUUUGUCCAAGGACUUGGAUGAAGAUGAAGAGCCCAAAAAGAAAAAAAUGAAGCCAUCAUCUCAUGGAAGUGGACUGACAUCUUUACUGCCUGCUCCCAAGAACUUGAAUUUAAAAGAGACCAAUAGGAUACUGUUACCCCAUGCACUAAAGAAAACACCUCAGUCCAGUACAAGUUCAAGAGAGAAGGCAACAGGGAAAUCGCGGCCAACAGUUCCAAGUGCUAAAUCCGUACAGCUUGUGAGGGGAGUGCCAGACAGUGAUAGUGAUGAGGACAUCGACACUGAAGGAGGCAGUUUCUUCUCUCUGGGGGAUAAGACUGCGUCAUCGUCAAUCAGCACCCUCCAUCUAAAAGAGAGCAACUCCUCUGUGAGACUACCCUCCAUUCUUGGAAGUAGCAUACCAACGUCAACACCGGGAUAUUCAGCAGAUCACAAACUAGACUCUGCUCAUGGGCCUCAGUUGCCUGUCACAACACAGUAUGCAGCCCUGCAGUCUUCACAACCCCCUCAGUCAGUGACUCUACCUGUAACGGCAAAUCUUCAUAAUCACAGGACUGACAAUAAUAGCCCUGAGGACUUACCCUUGUCGUUCAGGACACAGGCCAGUGGAAAUGCCUCCCUCAGUUUCAAAUCUGGACCCUCUGUUGUCUCAGCACAUUCAAUGUCUUACAGUUAUCAUCAACCCCAAGCUAGUAAUGUGGGUUACCAAGGUGAUGGAUACCAUGGUUAUCCAGAGGCAGGGGAGAGCUAUUCUGGAGCUUCAGAGGCUGAUAUGGAGAAGUAUUUGCAAGAUGAAGAGUUCCUGAAAUUACAAGGGAAGAAGGCUCGUGGUAGGGAACAGGUGAACUUUAUUGAUAUUGAUACAAAUGAAUUCACGGGAACACAAGAUCUGAUGAAAACCCUCACAGUGGAGCAGGAGCAUACCUCCCACAGGAAAAAGGACAACCAGCCGUCUGGGCGACAGAGACACAAACAUCAGAUUACCUACCUGGCAUUUCAGGCGAAGGAACGCGAGUUAACACUGAAAAACCAGUGGGCACAAAAUCGACAAACCAAGCGACAGACGCAGUCAAAAUAUGGUUUCUAAGUGUUCUUGAGGAGAGUUGAUACAGGAUUACUGACUGAAAUCACCAAUA